UCCUGUGAUCUUGAAUUGGACGUCAAUGGUGAAACUGAAAAAGUUUCAUGGUAGACAAGUUAAAUAGUGUUACUGUUUAGUGCUUACCAUUCAAUCCUUUAUUUUUCUUGUUUCUUGUGGAGGAUUUAAGGAUAUUGACUACUCUAGUUUGUACUCUCUUUUUAUGCCUUAUUUUCUGAUUCUUCUGGUUUCAGUAAUCUAUUCCUUUCACCAAGGAUCUUGGUCCCCCCACUAGAUUACAUAAGAAACAGGACCACUCUUAAAUUUAUUGUAGAUAGCAACUCUCAACACAAUUGCCUAAGAAUGCAAGAUUCUUUCAUUUUCUCUAUAGGUUUGUUUGAUACUAUUUGACACACUUAUACUUUCAUAUUUUUUUUGUUGAGUUGGUAACUGCUUUGCCUUUUGGUGUAAAGCGAACUGAAAUAUCAUACAAUGUUUCUUCUUUUCAUUAACCAUGCAGAGGACUCUUGCAUCCUUCUCUGGUGAUUCAGCAAAUUUGUUAGGUGAUUUGAUGGAUGACACAAAGAACCUGAAAGUGGUACUUCAUGACUUUCAAGAGGGAGAUAAGGUUUUUGAGCUAGUGGCAAGGUUUUGGUUUAACAAGGGAAGAACUGAGAUAACUCCCACCGAUGUAGUCCUACUAAAUUUAGCUGUGCAAUAUAUAGAGAUGGAGAGUGAUGAUGGCCCCAGGGCUUGCUUGUUAAACCAAACAAGAAAGUCUCUGGAUGGUGUUGGUCUCUGGACCUGGUAUGAGCUACUUGUAGCUUUGAAAGAGUGCCAAGAUUUACUUUCUGCUUCGAAUUCUUCGUCGAUACUUGAUAAGGUCCUCAGUUGUGUUGUAGAAAGGCUUGGCUCUCUGGUUGUUGCAAGCCCUUAUGCAUCGUCUUUAGAGAAUUCCAGUUUGAGGAUCAGAAACAGUUUGCCUCAAAUAUCUUGGUGGUUUGAGGAUCUUCUGUUUUUGAACAUUGAUUUGAUUUAUAAGUUAAUAAGAACGAUGAUAAGCCGGAAUAUCGAUCAUGAUACGGUUAGUAAGUUCCUCUUAUGUUAUCGAAGGUCGAGAUUUCUUAGUGCCAGCCUAACUGAAAAGUGCAAAAUCAUAGAGGUUACAAUCAACCUGCUCUCUUUGCUUAAUAAGAGCUCCCUUCCUUUCAAGCUCUUAUUCGGUAUAUUUCGAGUCGCUUCAAGCUUGAAAAUUAGCAGACAUUGCAAGUCCAUUUUGGAAAAUCUUAUUGGCUUGCAACUGGAUCAAGCAACUAUAGAUUUUCUGCUACUCCCAUCCCCACACAGGAGAGAUUAUGUGUAUGAUGUGAAUCUGGUUAUGAGGCUGGUGAAAACAUUUUGCAAAGAAGGAAGUUGUUUCAUGUCCGCCAUGCGAUUAAAAAGAGUUGCUAGCUUGGUCGACUCGUUCCUUGUGGAAGUGGCUGCAGAUUCCCACCUGAACCCUUCCAAGUUUGCAGCAUUAGUCAUGGUGCUCCCAGAUGGUGCAAGAGAAUCCCAUGAUAGGCUUUUUCAAGCCAUAGACAUUUAUCUAGAGGUUCAUGAUGGACUAUGUGAGGCAAAGAAAAUGAGAAUCUGCUCUGCACUUAAUUAUGCAAAGCUCUCAACAGAUGCACUGAGACACUUAGCUCGGAACUCGAAAUUCCCUUCAAGAAUAGCAAUACAAGUUUACAUUAAUCAACAGUCCAAGCUUGAAAGCUUGUUCGAUGGGCAAAACCACCUCGACAGUGACACCUUUACCGGUCCAAUCUUUGGGAAGGAAAGUGUGGACGAGAAGGCGAGUUCCGAUCAAAUCCUUUUGUAUGCAAAAAGAAUCAACCUUGACAGUAAAGCUGAUCAACUCGAUGUUAAGCUGCAAGGAAUGCAACGCAGGGUAACAGAACUGGAGAAUACCGUGGAUAAUGCAGACUCAGAUAGGAAAUGUUCCAAGAACAAGAUUAUCCAAACGGAGAUGUUGUGGAAGAUCGGAUUUAGAGGGACUACUUGGGAGGUUGAUGCUUCACAUUGCCAAGGAUGUUCUUCUCUCUUCACUUUCAUCAAUCGCAAGCAUCACUGCCGAAGGUGUGGGCGCAUAUUUUGCAAUAGUUGCUCUCAGCAGAGAAUGGUUUUGCAUGGACAUGGUGAUUCGUCCGUUCGCGUUUGCGAUCCUUGUAAAAAGCUCGAAGAGGCUGCUCGAUUCGAGUUGCGACAUGGAAGCAAAAGUAGAACUGGGAGAGGUAGUUUGAAACCAGCUGUAAAAGAUGAGGAUGACGUUUUGAAGAGGAUUGUAGUGGCUGACGGAAAGGAAUCAUCUUCAUCGGGAGUAACUUCAAACAAUGAAAGGACUUCGGGUGUUCAAAUGGAAUUAGGGUCCCGAGACAUUGCGCCGGCAACGCAAGCAUUGGAAGAAAGAAGGAAUCAUACGGUUCUUAAAGAAGGGAAAUCUGAGGAAGCUCUUAGAGCCUUUAAGAGAGGGAAGGAGCUAGAGAGGAUCCUCAAUAAAGAAAUCCCUGAAGAAUCCGGCAGAAAAAACAAGGUCCAUAAUCCGGUGGGUAGGGAUAAGGAUGACCUAGCUGCUGAACUCAGGGAAUUGGGAUGGUCUGAUAUGGAUUUACAUGAGGAUAAUAAAAAGUCCAAAAAAUUGAGUUUGGAUGGUGAAAUUUCUUCUCUUCUUGGAGAAAUUCCGAAUAAGAUUAAUAAUGGCCAUGGCACGGACAAGACCCAGGUUGUUGCCAUUAAGAAAAAGGAUCUUUUGCUGAAGCGUGAAGGGAAGCUUGCAGAAGCGAAGGAAGAAUUGAAGAGAGCUAAAGUCUUAGAGAAGCAAGUCAAGCAACUCGAAGAACAAGAACUGUUGGUUGGCGCUGAAGAUUCUGAUGAUGAGCUAUCUGCAAUAAUCCGCAGUAUGGACAACGAUAAACAAGAUGAAAUUUUAAUUCAGAAUGAGCAUAUGCAAAGCCUUGACUUUGAUUACGUUUCAGGAGCUGCUGAAGAUCUUGGUAUUGAUAGUAAUCUUGAAGUAACUGAUCAGGAUAUGGAGGAUCCAGAAAUAGCUGCUACUCUGAAAUCACUAGGUUGGACUGAAGAUUCUAAUCCUAUUGAAGACGAUAUGGCGCAAUCUGCUCCCGUCAAAAGGGAGGCACUGCUAAAUGAAAUUCUUUCACUAAAGAGAGAAGCUCUUAGUCAAAAGCAGGCAGGUAAUGUUGCGGAGGCAAUGGCUCAGUUAAAGAAGGCAAAAGUACUUGAGAAAGACCUUGAAAGUUUCGAUUCUCAGCCAGAGAAUUCAACAGCUAAUGAAAAUGAUAAUGCUAUGAAAGGUGUGAAUCUGAAACUUGCAUCGAAGAGUAAAUUGAUUAUUCAGAAAGAGCUUCUGAGUUUGAAGAAGAAAGCCCUUGCUUUGAGAAGGGAAGUAAGCUUGGAUGAAGCAGAUUAUAAAUUUCAGAAGGGAAGGAUUCUCGAGCAGCAGCUUGAAGAAAUGGAGAAAGCUGCACAUGUGACUAAUUGCAGUAAGGGGAAGGAUUUGAAACACGAGCAUCCUAAUGUAUCAGAAAGUCUGCCUGUUGAAGAAGACAUUACAGAUCAAGACAUGCAUGAUCCAACGUACCUUUCAAUCUUAAGAAACGCUAAACAAAAAGAUUCUGAGCAAAUUAUUGAAACUUCUUCUAUUCAUGCCCCUUCUAAAAUCCAAGCUAAGGCGUCAAGGAGAACUAAAGCUGAAAUACAGAGGGAGCUAUUAGGCUUGAAAAGGAAAGCUCUUUCUCUGAGGCGUCAAGGAAAUAUUGAUGAGGCAGAGGAAGAGCUGGAAACAGAAAAAGCGUUAGAGGCUGAGAUGACAGAGAUAGAGGCACCAAAGAAAGUGGGUGAAUCGAUAUUUCCAAAAGAAAAAGUCACUUCUCCCGCCCGUAAAGGAUCUACAGAAGAAGAAGAGGAGGAGAAUGUUACAGAGGAUUAUAUGACUGAUCCUGCUAUGCUCUCGAUGCUAAAGAAUUUGGGUUGGAAAGAUGAAGAAGUUCAACCUGUAACUAUGAAAGAAGAGGACUCUAAAAAUCUUUCCCGUGAGUCUUUAUGUUCUGGCCAUCCAUCCAGCAAUCGACCCUCUUCAGGAAUUCAACUUUCACCGCCAAGAGGGGAAAUCGAAAGAGAACUUCUGGGUUUGAAAAGAAAUGCUCUUUCUCUUCGACGAAAUGGGCAAGUUGAAGAGGCUGAGGAGUUGUUGCAGAGGGCAAAGGUACUAGAAGCUGAAAUUGCAGAACUGGAAGCUUCAAAAUGUGAGCUUGUGCAUGACUCAUCCAAGGACAGUAAAUCUAGGAACUUUGAAUCAUUUGCUAACCACGAGAGGCUGAGGAAUUGGAAAAAUGAAGUGAUAGUAAAGAAAAGGCCAGUUGCAGGGGUGGUGGGACCAAGUGAAACAUUUCUGCAAGCAUCAAUGGCUUUCGGAAGAGUGGAAGUGAUACAGAAAUUCAACUAUGAGGAAUUCCGACGUGUUAUUUUCUCAACCUCCACUCCACUAGCAGAAAACCAACCCUCGGUGGAAAAAUGGGAUCCUGUAGGUGUAGCGAGACUUCUAGGUGGUCAGGGAAAAGUUGGCGUAGUGGAUCUUUUGGCUGGCGAUGACCUGACAAGUUCACAGAUACCCGAUGUUCAAUUGCCUUCGCUAGAAAAUUUUACUACCAAGGAUGAAGAUACCACUGGAAAAAGUAGAGUGGUUAAUGGAAAGCAAAAGGCAUAUUUGUUUGAUGUGAGUUCAGUUCAGGGAUUUACUUCUCAGAACAGCCAAGAUUUUCUAAGGCAUGCAGUGUUGUCUCGCAAGAAGAAGGCACUUGCUUUGAAGAGAGAAGGAAAAAUGGCUGAGGCUCGGGAAGAACUCCUACAGGCAAAGCUGUUGGAGAAGAGUACGGUAGAAGAUGGCACUCCAAAAUUUGGUGCCCGUGAUGCCUCAACAUCUACAUCCACCCUUCGCUCUGAUACAGCAAAAGAGGGUACAUCAGCUUUGGCUACAAAACCACUGUCUGGGCGUGAUCGCUUCAAGUUGCAACAGGAAUCCCUCAGUCAUAAACGCAAGGCUUUGAAGCUGCGAAGAGAAGGUCGAAUGCAAGAAGCAGAAGCUGCAUUCGAAUUAGCUAAGUCUCUUGAAGCCCAGUUGGAAGAGUUGGGUGCUCAUGAUUCACCUAGGUCUUCUAGCAUUGGGGCAGAACCAGUAGAUGAUGUAGUUGUUGAAGAUCUUCUCGAUCCUCAACUUUUGUCUGCCCUGAAAGCAAUUGGAUUGGAUGAUCCUAAUGUUUUGGCUCAUCGCCCAGAAAGAUCAGAGCUCGUAAAACCGAGUGCUGCCAAAAGUGAAAAUGUUGACCCAGAGAGAAUCCAAUUAGAAGAGCGGAUUAAGGCAGAAAAGGUUAAGGCAGUAAACUUGAAAAGGUCAGGCAAACAAACCGAGGCUUUGGAUGCAUUUCGGAGGCCCAAAAUGCUGGUAAAAAAGCUGAGUUCCUUGUCUUCUUAAA